AUGUUUAAGGAAGAGGAUAAGGAUCAGCCACCGAGCGCUAAUAGGAAAACAUACUCACGGUCAGUUUCAUGGAGUGAUCGAUCACCAAGAAAGUCAAAUUAUAGGCCACAAUGGAACAGCAAGGCUCGGGCUUGUUUGCCGCCCCUUCAUCCUCUCUUGACCACAAGACCGAGCAUUGAGGAGUGGCCAAGAGCUGGCUCAGACGACCUUGGCGUUUGGCCAAAUCCCUCAACUCCCGGUGCAAGGCUUGGAUCGAUGGCACCCCGUGAAAAUAUGAGUUUAGAUCAACCUCCAAGAGAAUUUGAAUUCAAGAAAGACAAACUCGCUUUCUUUGAUAAGGAAUGCUCAAGGAUUUUGGACCACAUAUAUUUGGGAAGCGAUGUUAUUGCAAAGAGUCAUGAAAUUCUCCAACGGAAUGGAAUUACCCAUGUGUUGAACUGUGUGGGGUUCGUUUGUCCUGAAUAUUUCAAGAAUGAGCUCGUGUAUAAGACCCUUUGGCUCCGGGACAGCCCGUCAGAGGAUAUUACAAGUAUUCUGUAUGAUGUGUUCGAUUAUUUUGAAGAUGUGCGAGAACAAGGUGGGCGUGUUCUUGUUCAUUGUUGCAAGGGGGUGUCUCGAUCAACCUCUUUGGUCAUUGCGUAUCUUAUGUGGAAAGAGGUGCAGAGCUUUGAGGAUGCAUUCCAGCAUGUUAAAGCAGCCAGAGGAGUGACUAAUCCAAAUAUGGGAUUUGCUUGCCAACUGUUGCUGUGCCAGAAACGGGUACAUGCUCAGCCUGUAAGCCCCACUUCUGUUCUUAGGAUGUAUCGAAUGGCGCCCCACUCCCCGUAUGAUCCCCUUCAUCUCGUACCAAAGAUGUUGAUUGAGCCGGGAGCAAACAGACUCGAUUCUCGCGGGUCAUUCAUUAUUCACAUUCCUUCUGCUAUAUUUGUCUGGACUGGAAAGCAUUGCUUCUCUGUGAUGUCGGAUAAUGCCACUGCAGCUGCCUCUCAAGUUAUUCGUUAUGAAAGGGCCCAGGGUCCCAUUAAAACCAUCAAAGAAGGUGAGGAGACGUCUGAAUUGUGGGAUGCUUUCGGCUAUGAGAAACAGUUAGCAGAUGAGUCAUCUCCCGAGGCUGACACUAUUUCUUCCCCUCAUCAAUGUAUUGGUCAGAGGAAGGUUGAUGAAUAUGACGUCGAUUUUGAGAUCUUCCAGAAAGCACUUUCCGGUGGGGUCGUUCCGCCUUUUCCAUUAUCGGGAACAGAAUCCGAGACAUGUCUUCCGGCUAGAGAAAAUGGCUGGAGCAGAUUGAAAAGGCAGUUUUCCAGUGGUAUUGUGAAAGAAUUUAUAUCCUCGUCUAGAUUGAACUACAACACGACCCAAACAUGUGAUGACCUGGAUAUGAUAGAAUCUUGUAAAGAAGUUGAAGACUUUUUCCCUCCUGAUCUUGCAAUGCCUUCCAGUCCUCAGUGCGAAUCACCACCGGAUUCCUUUGCUGCUUAUUCAACAAGUAGUCCGGGUUGGAUGAAGUCUAACUUUAAAGAAGUGGAAUGCUUGGCUCGUCCUACCGAUACAUCUUUGUCACCAUCACCUUUAUUCAGUACACUGGAUUCUUUUUCUUCACGUCUCGUUAAUAAACUGAAGUCCAGUUCAACAUCUCCAGCACUCUCACCUUCAACCUCUGAUUAUUCGAGUUCAUUUACCUUCUCACCCUCAUCAUCUAACUGGUCCGACUUACCAUAUUUCUCGGCCCUGACUUCACCUUCCAGACUCGAAUAUAAAGAUCCCGAUCUUGAUAAGGUUGGUUCUGCGGAGGAAAGUGAAUGUUUGCUUCAUAAAGUAACUUCCCCUCCACCGGAAGAGACAUUUUCAGCUGGUCGCAUUUUUAGAGAAACAGGCAGUUGUUCGUCUUGUAAAGAACCUUCACUAUACAUUGCAGAACGUAGAGGUAACAUUCGACCUCCUCGUAUGAUGUUGCCCUCUGUUGAUGAGGUAUCUCAGAUUCUGGAAAACUCUUCGAAGUCUCUUCCUUGCAUGGAAGAUAUAAUGAGGGACGUCGAAUGCAGCACCUCAAGACACGAGGAAUCUUUUGAGAUGGACACAGAAGAGCCAAUAUCAGAUUCUAACGACCAUGCGGCUGAAUAUGAACUCCCAAGUCGAUUACAAGAUUACAUAGCGUGCAACACGUUUGAGCUGAUGUCGAAUGAUAUGACCAAUAGAAUAGCACAACCAACCGACUCAUUAUUCUACCAGUGGCCUUCGAUGGAUAAAAUGGACACACCUUGUGUCAUCUUAGAUUCCAGAUCCAUUUACAUCAUCCUUGUGCCCUCAGUGAGUUCUGAGGGGAAAAAUACCGAUGUUUUAUACAUAUGGAUGGGGCAUGAAGUAUCACAGAAUAGAGGACACGAUCAGUCGAUUGAUGACUGCAAAUGCAAAAAUAGUCCUGCCCAUAUGGAGAACAUUGGUCGUAGUUUUCUUGCUGAGAAGGGUUUCGAUACAAAUGCUCAAAUUAAGAUAAUCGAGGAAGGUCAGGAACCAGCACAUCUCAUCGAACAUCUUUCUUCGUUAAGAAAUGACUUCAACAGUGGAUCGAGUAAAUCUGAAUAA